AUGUCGCUCUUGCGAGAGUAUCUACCGGCAUCCACCAGGUUCACCCCUCUACAGAACUCUUCCAGUGCCCAGCACAGUGUAGUAAGGCUGGAGAAGCAUAGGACACAGUUCUGUGUCGGGGACACGCUGAAUGUACUGGUGGAGAUGAGGGACCAUGCGGGCCGCCCGAAGGCGUACGGAGGGGACUUCAUCUUGGCCCGGAUCCAUUCACCCCAGCUCCAGGCGUCUGUGUCGGGCAACGUCGUUGACUUCCGCAAUGGCUCCUACCGUGUGGCGUUCCCCUUGUCUUGGCCUGGAGAGGUGCAGGUCUCCGUGCUUCUUAUGCACUCCUCUGAGGCGGUGCGGGUCCUCUGGAGAAUCAGGAAGCAUAACUAUGGUAAGAUCGGAUACACAGGAACCUUUGUCAGAGGGGGAAAAAUCGAGAAAUCUCAGUGUGGCCUCCGGCUGAAUAAAAGAAAAGCUCUGUGUGAGUAUAGAAAGAAGGAGGAUGGGGAAUACUAUGCCUGCUUCCGACCCCCAACCCUGCCUUGCAGUGCACUGAGCACCAUGCACUCCUACAACACUCCAGGACCUUCUCUCAAAGAGGAGGAGGCUCGGCUUCUGGCCAGGUGGACUUCCUCCUACUGUCAGACAGGCCCUUUCCUUGAGGAGGACGCCAUUAACAGCUGUCUGAUGGGAAAGACAGUCUACCUGAUGGGUGAUUCCACUGUGCGUCAGUGGAUAGAGAAUUUGGAAAGGAAACUGAAAGGUCUGGUGUACAUAACAGUUGAUCGUCUGUCCUCUAUGGUGGCAGCGGACACCCUUAGGAACAUCACUGUCCUGUGGAAUAAGCAUACCUAUCCAUGGAUAGGUAGUCACGAAAUCAGCAUAAAGAAAUGUGUGUACGUUUCCCGCCGUCUGGACAGCAUCGAGGUCGACGGACGGCAGCAGGAUCCAGUGGUGGUCAUCGGAAUUGGUCAACACUUCCGGGCCUCCCCCCUGGAAAUCUUCAUCCAGAGGCUCCUCAAUAUACGCCAGGCAAUCCUGAGACUGCAGGCUCGCAGCCCCCGGGCCCAGGUCUUCAUCAAGCUCGAGAACACCAGGGAGCUGAGCUCGGAUAUGUCGCGUAUGAGCGACUGGUACGGCCACAUCGAGAACCUGGCUCAGAGGAAGGUGUUCGAGGACCUGAAGGUGGCGCUGGUGGACGCCUGGGACAUCUCGGUAGCCGCCAACACCUUUGCCAUCCAUCCUAAUGACGUUGUCGUUUCCAGUGAGGUGGCCGUGGCUCUGUCACACCUCUGUCAUUAUCGGUGA